CGCCCCGUACCAUGAGGACAGCGCUCCUUUGGGGACGCCUGUGUACCCGCCCGGGCCUGUCAAGACUCGCGGCUCGCGCAUCAACCCGCCCGUUUGCAAACGCCUCUUCUGCCCGCCGCCGAUUUGCUCCUCCGAAGCUCAACAGCAGCACAUUACUAUGGUCGGGCGCGGCGACCGGCGCGGCGGGCGGCACGCUGCUGAGUUCGCUCACAUUUGUAGAGGUGGCCAAUAGCACGGCCAGUAAUGGCGACCAGACGCACGAAGAGGCAAUGCUCGAGGCGUCGAGAAAGGAGCUGGACGAGCAAGUCCCGCCGGCGCUGCAAAACUCUGUCAAGUACCGACGAGGCAUCUACUUUUUUCUCGACGACUAUAUAAUCGAGCCGCUGGCCACCGGCCUCCGCUUCCUGCACUUGCUCGUCAUCUUUGUUCCCGUCAUCGUCACCAUACCCGCAGUAUGGAUUGGCUCGCGCCAACCUGAUAGAGACAAUGAACGAAGCGGGACCCUGUGGUGGUAUGGCUUCUUGGUAGGAUCCAUGGAGAGGGCUGGGGCUGCCUUCAUCAAGCUUGGACAAUGGGCUGCUUCACGAACAGAUGUUUUCCCGACCGAAAUGUGUCUAGUCAUGUCAACACUGCACUCCAACGCGCCUGCACACUCGCUGGAAACAACAAAACGCACAAUCGAGGCCGCCUUUGACGGAAAACGCUUUGACGACAUCUUUGAGGAGUUCGACGAGCAGCCGCUGGGCGUGGGCGCUAUUGCCCAGGUGUACAAGGCGAAGCUGAAGCCUCACCUUGCGACACUGAAGAACAAUGUCCUUGAUCACGAGGAGCAUCCCAACCUGGCGCGUAGGAUCAAGAAGAAUGUCAAUGUGACACUGAAGAGCUCACCAUCAAGAAUACCCUCAAGCCAUGUCGCUAUCAAAGUUCUGCACCCGAAAAUCGAGAAGAUAGUGCGGAGGGACCUGCGAAUCAUGGGCUUUUUUGCCGCCAUCAUCAACGCCAUACCUACCAUGGAGUGGUUCUCGUUUCCAGAUGAAGUGGAACAAUUCGGCGAAAUGAUGAAGCUUCAACUGGACCUGCGUAUUGAAGCCGCAAACCUGACGCUUUUCCGAAAGAACUUCAAGGAUCGCACAACAGCUUGGUUUCCCUACCCCUAUACGGACUACACUACGCGAAAUGUACUCAUUGAGGAAUUUGCCCAGGGUAUUCCCCUAGAGGACUUUCUGCAGAACGGAGGCGGAGUUUUCCAAAGGGAUAUCGCCAAUGAAGGACUGGAUGCGUUCCUCACCAUGGUCCUGAUCGACAACUUUAUCCACGCCGACCUGCAUCCAGGAAAUAUAAUGGUCCGGUUCUACAAAUCUGAGCAACUCGACGUACCCAUCUUGACCAGGAAGGAAGACCGAAGAUCAGGUCCUGGAGAGUCUCUCGAUGUCACUGAAGAGGUGCUGGAGCGUCUGAGGCCACAUAAGAAGAACCCUCAGCAAUGGCAAGCAAAACUGCAGGAACUCGACAACGAAGGCUACCGACCUCAGCUUAUCUUUAUCGACACGGGCUUAGUGACGGAACUAAAUGCAAAGAAUCGCACCAAUUUCCUUGAUCUCUUCAAGGCUGUUGCCGAGUUUGAUGGCUAUAAAGCAGGCCACUUGAUGGUCGAGCGAUGCAGACAACCGCAGGCAGUCAUCGACCGGGAGGUGUUCGCUUUGCGCAUGCAGCAUUUGGUAUUGGGAGUCAAGAGCCGUACUUUUGCUCUCGGCAACAUCAAGAUUGGCGAUAUUCUUAACGAGGUUCUAUCCAUGGUCCGGACACACCAUGUUCGCCUCGAGGGCGACUUUGUGAACGUUGUUCUCAGCAUACUUUUGUUGGAAGGUAUUGGCAGGAGCUUGAAUCCAGAUCUGGACCUCUUUGCAGGUGCACUCCCGAUACUGCGGCAAUUAGGCACGCAAAGCGGCUCUUCCAUGAUCCGUGGCGGUGAUUUCUCUAUGCUCAAGGUCUGGGUUGGCCUCGAAGCGCGCAGCUUCCUGCAAGCUUCAAUUGAUACGGUGGAACGAUGCGUCAAGUCUGACCAACUCGCGCCGAAUAUUUAAGAACACACUCGGCAUAUUUUUUCUGCCGCUCACUAAUAUCAAUAAAUCACCUCUCUAUGCCAUCAAUGUCUGAGCCCGGUGAUUGCGGUUCAUUGGGGCUCGUAUGGCGUGAAUUGUUCUGUUGAAGCCUUUUGCAUGAGUGAUCGAUCCACGCUCGAGAGCCCUGACCUCUCACGGAUAAGCCUACGGGUCUCUGAAGAAACCCGCCUUAUUUUGU